CAGCUUUACCGCUGAGCGUGUAGUGUGUUUUAUUUGCUACACGCAGGUCCAUUUCUAAUUUGAUGAAGUUCCUCAAUACAUAUCAACUUGUCUCAGGUCAAACCAUUAACUAUCAUAAGAGCAGAUUUAUGGUAGGAAAGAAAGUCAACACUUUGCAGAUCACAAAAGCUGGAAAAAAUCAUGAAUAUGUCUCAUAGAAAGUUUCCGUUCAUCUACCUUGGCGCUACUAUAGAUCUUGGAAUCACAAGGGCAGGUCACUGUGCGGGCCUCAUUCAAUCCUUUGACAACAAACUAAAUGGCUGGUACCAGAGGAGUCUUGAUCAUGCUGGAAGACUAGUUCUCAUCAACCACGUCCUGAACACCAUUCCUAACUACUUCCUUGGUACCAACACCAUUCCCACAUCCAUUUGUAACAUGCUGGAACAGAAGAUGGCACAUUUUUGGUGGGGAGGUGGGACCAAACAUCACUGGACGAAGUGGGAGGACCUUUGUCUCCCUAAAGAGGAAGGGGGUAUUGGGACUAGAAGACUCAAAACCCUAGAAGUCGCUUUCUCCCUCAAACUGUGGUGGAAGGUGCACCAUGAGAAUAGCAUAUGGGCCAGAUUUAUGAGGGCUAAAUACUGGCGAGAAGGUAGCAUGGAAGCUCACUUGAUUGACUCAUCAAUUUGGAAGAGAAUCACAAGAGUUGAUGACCUUGCAAGCUCCCUCUGUGAUUUCCAGGAUGACGGCACUCCCAUAUGGAAUCCUGAACCUGAGGGGUUCUCUCUGAAAUCUGCCUAUAAUCACUGUCGUGCCACUUCUAAUGUCUCCAAAGCCUUCCAAUUUAUGUGGGAUCCAUCGCAAAACCCUAAAGUUAGCAUCUUUAUGUGGAAGAUUUAUACACGAUCUCUAUCUACGCCAGACAAUCUUCGAAAACUAGGAUUUCAGCUCCCCUCAGUUUGCCCUUUAUGCAUGCACGCCAACUACACCAUUAAGCAUUGUCUCAUUGAUUGUCCAAAAAUUACCAUGGUUUGGGAGCAUUUCUCCAGGUGUCAUGGCUUUACUCACUGUAACACCCCAACCCGCAUGACCCAAACCCGUGAGACAGCGGACCGGUGUGCCACUGAAUUGGUAUCCGAAUUUGCAACAUUUUCAAAACAAUUUUAAACAAACGUUCUCUCAAUACAUAUAAAAAUCCAUCAGAGUAAUUUAAAAUAAUGCGGAAGCCUUUUUAAAGUCAAACAACUUGGGAUCUUGCCCGAAAACGUAAUAAGCAUUAAAGUUAAUUAAAUAAAGCAUAAUCAACAGAUUAAAGAGACAGCCACGCCAUCGUACAUCUCCUCCUCAAUGCCCUCUGGGAUCGGCUCUAGGUUCAUCUGUCU